CUGUUGCCUGGACCUGACUCCCCUGCGGAUGCGUUACGCUUCAGCCUGAUAAAUACACCUCAGCCUGACUCUAUCCCGAACUGCGUACAUUUUUGCAGCAGUUCAACGGCUUGACCAACAUGUCUAAAGAGAUCACCGUCGCAGACUUUUUCAAGAAUGUAGAGCAGGCCGAAUACCCGCUCUAUCCCCAGCAGCGGCUGCCUCUGAAGACCUUGCUGGAAGACCACUCCGCACCAUUGCAACCUCUCGCCGCCCAAAUCGCACAACCCAUCCUCGAUGCCAACGAGAAACGCAGAGAGAAUCUCGAUUACAAUUUUCACUACGGCAGGCUCUGGCGGGUGAUAUCGCAUGCGAUCCAGCAGAUGACCUCGCAAAUUGACCGCAUCGUUGAUGUUGUGGUCGCCAUCUCUCAGACGCCAGAUCCCACUGACUACCUGGCUUUCAUGCAAGACAUCAACGAAGAGUGGAAUGAGUUUGCGAUGGGGUUCGAUAUGCCACAACCAGAUGAUCCAAAUCGUGGAAGGGUGCGACAAGCGUGGAUCAACAUGAACGCUUUCAAUGCAAGGCUCUCCACAAAGGGCAUCGAACGUCUGAACUACCGCUUGCGGUCCGGCCACGUCUUCCGCAUCGCCUUGGAAGAGACGCCUUGGGAGCAGUAUCACAUCCCGGAGAUAGACGAGGAAAUCGAGAGCGACCCAGAAGACGAGGACAAUGUUGCUUUGCGCGACGAGUUGCUUAACAAGCGAGACAUUCGGCGACUCAACUAUUGGGCGCCGGCUGCGGCGGCUUGGAUCAAGUACGACGGCAAGGGGAUUCAUGAAAUGGAUGAGCCAAUGAUUGGUGACGAUUACGACAACUUUGAAUACACAAACUGGAAGGGCAAAGGCUUCUCCAAAGAGCGAUUUCACUACUGGAGAGAGCGUCUUGAGUGGGUGUCCAAGGUCACUGCCCUCGAUCAUGACACCAGGAGGCGAGCUGCGGAGGCUGUCGAGCUCAUGAAGCAGAUUGAAGGAGGAAGCUGAGGUCCACAUUGGUUCGUUGGGGAUUCCGAGCUCUUGAAUUGUAGCCUCAAGAGCUAAAGUUUGUCGUGCUAUUCGACCGGCUGAUGGUGUUUCAACUUGGCCCCCGGUAGCCACAUUCUCGUAUCUGCGGGGCCAAGACAAAGCGAGAUGUGACUUUGUGGAGUGCUCUGGAUCUUUGGCGUCGGGACGUGGUGUCGAUACGAGGCGGACUGCCAUAGCCAGAAUGACUCAUGCAUUGCGCAUAACCGGUUGUGCACUCUCCGGGACUCCAGGCGCGGCUAAAGGCUGUAAAUGCCAUGGAGUUGGUAGAGGCUGUGCGGGUUUUUCAGGUAGAGUGCACGGCUACGCUUGGUGUUCAUCGGCCAAAGAG